GAAAAAUAUAAAAGAAUUAAGAGCACACGUUUUGAUGAUGGUGAUGUCAGAUAUCUCCCUGGAGCCUGGUGAACAUAAGAUUACUUUCACUGUGACAAUUGCUUGUGCUGUUCAAGCAGUCGAAAGUGAUGCUCCCGUUUUCGAAUCAAAGAAAGGCAGACGUAUGGCCGUGUACGAGGCACCCAAACCUCAACAAUACUUCCAUUUGGAGUACAAGCUGAUGCCCGAUGCUCUGGAACCGAUGAAGACGGACGUUGUGAUGUAUGGGGUCGCCGCUAAGAUUUACACCGAUAAUGAUUCAAAAGUGGUGAGAACAUGGAAGGAAGGUGAAAAGAUAUGGAUCGCGUGGACGCAAAACGUUUCAGUAUGGGUGACGAAGGAAUUUCUGCUCAGUGCUUUUGAGCAUUCUCUCGAUCUUAUUAUAUGGGACUCGAAGGAGAAGGUUUCCACCCGCGCCAGAUUUGACCGCCCUAAAGCUUUCAGGUUGCCCGAAGGUCCGGAAAAUGAAGAGGUGAAUACUCCAAGUCAAAAUAACGCAAGCAGCAACGUCAAGGCGCUCGUUCUCAGGCAGUCUAUCAGUCACGUGCAACUGCAGUUGAAAGAAAGCCGUCAAAACAAAGAUCGUCUUGCACAAACGGCAUCGGCACGAACUUUAAAGGACUUUGAAAAUGCGGAAGAACAAAGAUCGACCACAGCACCGUCCACGAUUACUCUCCAAACACCGGCACCAUCCGUUGCAACGAAGACAAGUGAGCUUGCCAAAGUUCAAGUGCGCAUGGACGAGAACAAGUGUAGUCAAUGGCUGUCCAUUGCCAAACUUGCCGGCCUUUCUGAGCCCUUUUCAAAUAACGAAAGGAUUUUGAGUUCAGAUUUUUCUGAGGAUAAAAAAAGAUCGAGCGGCGAGAAGGAAAAACGAAGGAUGAAAAUAGAUGCAUUGGAAAUCAGCCAAAGAGGAUCGAGGCGAAAAUUGAAGAAGGAAGAUCAAAAAGGGGCUUUUCUUGCUGCCUAUUCGCGGGCUAACGGUAUUGCGACGAUCAAGAUUCGCCUUGCCUUACUUUUUGCAGGCUGCAAAACGGUCACGGAAAGACUAAAUGAGAAAGUAAACAGUCUUGAAGAUCUCAUGGUGUCCGUAUCGCUCGACAAACCGUUACUAUCCGAGGAGCAGAAGAAGGAACUAAAUCCUAUGGUGAUAAAGCUUUGCUCUGUCAGUAAUCUUCCCAAUAAACCACUCUCAUAUAAACAAUUGAAUGAAAAGUGCGCACCAGUCUUCGCGCAGUACGAAUUUCUAAAGCAACCCUUACAUCGAACUUUGGGUUCUCCGCACGGCCGCAAUGUCUACUGGGAUGACAUGAACGUGGUGUUACUGGGUGUCAUGGAUCAAGGGGAACUUCAAGAGUUCUUAGAGGGUCCGCAUCUUCGUGUCGAGGUACACGAUAGGGAUAGGGACGAGAAAGGGAAAAAAUACAACGCGGAUUUAUUCGGUGAUAAUCCUGAAGACGAGAUGAUCAGCAACGUUUGUAUUGUGGCAGGGCGCCGAACUUUACAUAAUCCUUUCAAAGGUAAAGAUAGAGCUUGGGAUCCCUAUGGAGUAGCAAAACUGGACCUUUCCCCCCUUCUGUUGGGUCAACGUUGCUUACAUGUGUCAAUCCCAAUCCACAACUGUCACAUUCCAGAUCCCACAGUGGGACACGAUCGACCGGGAGGCUCUGUUGUCGGGCAUGCUGGAAGCGUUGACGGACCAGAAGAUGAACCGCUGCCUUCGGCGAAUUACAUCGAGGCGGGCUCAGAGCUAAAGAUAAAAGUUGAAGUUGCAACACCGCUGACCACCGUCAACGAAGUGCGCGAGAGAAUGGCACAUCCUGAUAAAGUGGAAAAUCGUGAAGAGUGUCCUUUCGCUCGCUUGAUUUGCAUAUUCGACUACAGCAACGUAGAAUUCUUGAAAGAGCUACAAAACGAGAUCACAGAGAUUAACUCGGCUGCUUUGGAGCUUCAUAAUUUACCUGAACAUAUCAUCGAGGCUGCUUUAUCAACAUAUAAACUGUCAGAUGAGCAAAAGGAAUCGAAAACAUUGAAUAUUGUAACCGGAUUUCAAAUUAUUGAUGGCGUUCGUCACAUGUUUGUCUUGGAGGGCUUACGAACGAAAGGAAUCAAACGCUUAGUGGCGAUUUUACCUUUUCACAAUAAUGACGAUGAAACGGUGAAGGCUUUAUUCAAGUCAGAUAUGUGCUUCUCGGGGAGGUUGUACGUUUCAUUGGACGUCGAUCUUUGCCGAGUUCGUCUUCACGACUCUUUGACGAACAUCAUGCAAAAACCGUUGUUAUACGUUCGUGAUAUUGUACCAAGACCUUGCUUUGAAUGUUUGAGUAGACUUGAUCAGAUUCUCAAGGCUUCAAAGCUUCGUGAUGUUGUUAAAAACGAUCUUUUCCCAACCACGGAUAUGCUUUUAUCGGCCAGCCGUGAGUUUGGCGUACCAUUGACAUUGGAAGAUUUUGGAGAAGCGGGACAGCAUUGCAUUGAUGAGUUUGAAAUCGAAGGGGACAAUUUUCAUGAAGUAAACGAACAAUCUCGAAAGAGACAGUGGACGCCAUUGAAACUGAGCAAUCCAGAAUAUUUAGAGUUCUUGAAGAAUCGUCGAAACAGUGAUCGCAAUUUUAUCAUGGAAAAUGUUCUCAAAAUUCAUUCAAACAGCCAAAAUAAAAAGCCAGAAACAGUCACUACGUGUGACAGCGCUGCUCACAAUUACAGCAUUCAAUCUUUGAACUCCACAGAACUUUCCAAACAGAAACUCAGAGACCUUCUUAAUGAGGAUCCAAAAGGUGCUUACACAUAUUGUCCAGACUAUAACUCCGCAAGCGUAGAGUUGUCCGAAAAAGUCUCUGCGGACAUUCAAAUAAGAAGGGAUGUAGAGAAAAAGAAAUGGCUUACAUCUGUUGGUUUCCUGACAUUCUGUCCAAGAACUGCCUUGGAGUCGAACCGCCAUCCCCUUCAACCUGAUAAAUCACGCAUCGCGGAGCUAAGCAAGCCUUGGAGAGAGAAUGUACUUCAUGGAAAUAUUUUGAAACCGACUGUUGACCGCACUCAGUUCCCAUGGAAACACCGUGACAAAGACAUGGACACGAUUACCCGUGUUCCCGAGCUAAAGUACAUGAGCUCGAUCCACCUGUUUGGAGAGACCCGCGAACGGGAAAAGCGUGAUGCGUUUGACAAGGAUUUCGAAAUAUGGCAAUCGAGGUUGGCCGUGGAUGACGUACGCUUCCGAACCCAUCGAUGUCUUUUGUCGACGGAAUUGAGGGAGCGAGGCAAGAAAGCAGCAAAUUCGAUCUCAAAACUCGAAGACAUUUUGAAAGACCGGCCACAAAAAUUCUCCCUGAAGGAGAAGAAUUUGAAAUUGGAGAAAAUACCACCUCUGAGCACAUUGAAUGGUGAAACAGGGAAGCUGAGAGUGGCCGAGGAAGUUAAAGUGGAACAUACAGGCGGAUUUUUACCGGGGCCACGGACGGAAAGAAGUUGGUUGAUGGAAGGGAACAGAGUUCCUACGUUAACUGAUAAUGAUAAAAAAAUUAUUAAAACAAAAGAUGAAGAUUUCAGGUACAAUUGUUAUUUUGAUAAAACAGUCAUACUGAUUACGCUAAGUUUCCAAAACACGGUACCGAAACUUGAUUUCAGGCAGUUGCAGGAUGGGUCAGAAUACAUUAAGGAUAAUAUAUAUUUUCAUAUUAAAACACUUGAGAACGAAUUCUAUGAUGAGUAAUUCAGAAAUAAAUAUUAGAAAUUCCUAA